AUGAUUUUGUUGCUGAUAAUAUUUUUGAAUCUUCAAGAAUGUUGGACAUCAGUGGGUGAUCGUUCUUUCGUAUUUCAAAAAUGUUUGGAGACAUGUCUAAAGUCGAAUUGUACAGACAUGAAUGUGUUUUUUUCGCGGCAGCCAUAUUACUUACAACUGUUACAUUGGGACUGUUCAUCAGAGUGUAGGUAUUACUGUAUGUGGAAAACUGUUGAUGCUUUUCAAAAAGAUGGUCUACCAAUUCCACAGUUUAAUGGCAAGUGGCCAUUUAUUCGGAUAUUGGGUAUUCAGGAACCAGCCUCUACUCUGUUUUCUCUGGGUAAUGCUGCAUGUUGUUUGGGGAUAUUUUAUCUUCGUUCUCGUAUAUUACCCAGAGUUCACAUGUUUUACGUUUGGCACGUCGUAGCUAUAGUAUCUUUGAAUGCUUGGAUCUGUUCUAUUAUAUUCCAUACCAGAGACUUUGAUAUAACAGAGAAAUUAGAUUAUUAUUUUGCCUUUUCUGUGGUGUGUAUCAACAUCUGGGCAUUUUUAUGCAGGGUAUUAGGAACAAAGAGGUAUAUUCAAACUGGUAUAUUCUCGGUCAUUAUACUUGGUAUCUAUAUAAAACAUAUUCACUAUUUACAUUAUGUUAAACUAGACUACGGCUAUAACAUGCAAGUAAACGUUAUAUUUGGUAUAGUGAACACACUGUGUUGGUCUGUUUGGGCUAUAUUAAAAAAUAAACAACAGAGUUAUUCAUGGAAAUGUUUAUUUACUAUGGUGUCCCUUAGUUCUUUACUGUUAUUAGAAUUGCUAGAUUUCCCUCCAUUAUUUUGGGUGUUGGAUGCCCAUGCUUUUUGGCAUGCUGGAACCAUUCCUUUAGCUAUACUCUGGACUAGGUAA